AUGGAGCAUCUCACUACUUCGCUUCAGACUCUGGGCCUGUCUUCAGUGCCUCAGCUUCCCAACUUGGCUACUUUUCCCACAUACAACCAGGUCGACAUCUACCGUACACACAUUGCUGAGCUGCUGGCUCCCAUCACUGGUCUCGGAGCUGAGCAGAUCUACCCUCUGCUGCAAUGGACUCAGGUUCUGGACUACGGCGACUUGAUGUUGCCCGUGCCUGCUCUCCGUAUCAAGGGCAAGAAGCCCGACGCUCUUGCUGUUGAGAUCAAGGAACAGUUCCCCGAAUCACCGCUCCUCCUCCCUCCCGUCGCGGAAAAGACCUUUGUUCGUUUCUUCUUCAAGCCCGAUCCUCUCGCUAAGCUCCUCCUCCCUUCGAUCCUCAAGAACGGCAACAAAUAUGGUUUCAACCCCAACCUUGGUCUCAAGGACCCCAAGGACCCCAGCUCAGAGAAGAAGAAGAUGAUCGUCGAGUUCUCAUCUCCCAACAUUGCCAAGCCUUUCCACGCCGGUCACUUGCGCUCUACCAUCAUUGGAGGUUUCUUGGGUAACCUGUACGAGGCUGCUGGUUGGGAUGUCACCCGCAUGAACUACCUCGGUGACUGGGGCAAGCAGUACGGUGUUCUGGCCAUUGGUUUCGAAAAGUUCGGAAGCGACGAGGCCCUGGAGGCCAACCCUAUCGGUCAUCUUUACGAGGUCUACGUCAAGGUCAGCGCCAUUGCACACGAUGAGGCUGAGCAGAUGAAGGCUCUCAAGGCAAAGAUUGUCGAGCUCGAGGCCAAGAACGAGGAUGUUUCUGAGCAGAAGGCCGAGAUUGAGCGCAUUGAGAAGACCGGAAUCGACCAGCAAGCUCGUGACUACUUCAAGCGCAUGGCCGAUGGCGAGAAGGACGCUCUGGGCAUCUGGGCUCGUUUCCGUGACCUCUCCAUUGUCAAGUACAAGCAGACGUAUGCCCGUCUCAACAUCACCUACGACGACUACUCUGGUGAGUCGCAGGUCAAGAACGAGAGCAUGGAGACUGCCGCAAAGGUUCUGUCCGAGAAGGGUGUCAGUGAGGAGAGUGAGGGCGCCGUCCUUGUCGACCUGACCAAGUACCAGAAGAAGUUGGGUAAGGCUCUGGUCAAGAAGCGUGACGGUACCACUCUUUAUCUCACCCGUGAUAUUGGUGCUGCCGUUGAGCGUCACCAAAAGUACCACUUUGACAAGAUGAUCUACGUUGUCGCUUCGCAGCAAGACCUGCACUUGGCCCAGCUCUUCAAGAUUCUCGAAGUCAUGGGCGACGAGUACGCAGAGGUUGCCAAGAAGUGCCAGCAUAUCAACUUUGGUAUGGUCCUGGGUAUGUCUACUCGCAAGGGCACUGCCAAAUUCCUCGACGACAUCCUUCGCGAUGUCGGUGAGAAGAUGCACGACGUCAUGCGCAGCAACGAGAACAAAUACGUCCAGAUUGAGAACCCUGAGCAGACGGCCGACACACUCGGUAUCUCAGCCGUCAUGGUGCAAGACAUGAGCGGCAAGCGUAUCAACAACUACGAAUUCGACAUCAACCGCAUGACAUCGUUCGAGGGUGACACCGGACCUUAUCUCCAAUACGCACACGCCCGUCUCUGCUCGAUCGCCCGCAAAGCAGAGUUCACAUCUGAGCAGCUUGCAUCCGCCGACUGGUCAUUGUUGAGCGAGAAGCACGCCAUUGACGUUAUUCGCUCGCUGGCACAAUGGCCCGACACUUUCACCAACACCAUCAAGACACAAGAACCUGUUACUGUCUUGACAUACCUGUUCAAGAUGACACACAUGUUGAGCAGUUCUUACGAGCAGUUGAAUGUCAUGAAGGCCGAGCCUGAGGUCAAGAAGGCUCGUGCAGCACUCUACGAGUGUGCUCGCCAGGUUCUUUACAACGGUAUGCGCCUGUUGGGUUUGAGCCCUGUUGAGCGUAUGUAA